AGAAACCGAAGGUACGUGAGGCUGGUCGCUCGCCGACCGAGCAAGCUCACCGAUCUCGAUCACUCUCUUCCUCUCCGAGGAAAAGACGACCGAUCAAGGAACAAGUUCGCGCCUCUCCAAAUCGAUCGGCGCGGCGGCGAUGGCUCCUCCUUCGCCGGUUUCGGAGUCUAUCUCUCAGCAAGUGCAGCAGUUCGUCACGAAUUCCCUGUCGCAACGGGGGCCGUCGGCGUUGCCUUACGCGGAGGACGGGAAGGGGCACAUCCGCCAGCACCUGGUGGCCCUGACGGAGGCCUUCCCUUCCCUCCGCCCGCGCUCCGCCUCUUUCACCCACAACGACGGCCGCUCCGCCCACCUCCUCCAGGCCGAGGGCACGAUGCCAAUCUCCUUCCGCGGUUCCGUGUACCACCUUCCCGUCGCCAUAUGGCUCCUCGAGUCCUACCCGCGCCGCCCCCCUGCCGUCUAUCUCACCCCCACGCGCGACAUGCUCGUCAAGCCCGGACACUCUCUAGUCGACCCUUCCGGCCUUGUACGCGAGGACACCGUCCCCUAUCUCAGCUCUUGGGUCUUCCCUGCCUCCAACCUCGUCGAUCUGGUCCGAUCCCUCUCCUCCCCCUUCGGCAUCGAUCCCCCUUUGUACACACGUCCCAGUCACACGCCCUCUUCUCCUACCCCUUCGCCCUCUCCUUCCUUCUCAUCCCCAUAUAGUGGCGGUGGUGGACCUGCUCGAUUCCCUCCUCCCCCUUCGUCGCAGGCUCACUCGUCAGGUCGCCCCACCGAUGACCCCUCUGAGGUCUACCGCCGCAAUGCUAUCUCCAAGAUCCUGGGGUCCAUCCAUGCGGACAUGGCCGCCCUGCAUCGCUCUCGAGAGGCCGAGAUGGAGGGUCUCUUCUCGACCCAGGCUGAGCUGCGGCGACGGCAGAAGGUGCUCGCUCAUGGGCUCCGUGAAAUGAUCGAGGAGAAGGAGGGCUUGGAGCAGCAGCUGCAGUUCGUUCUCAUGAACUCGGACUUGCUCGAGGGGUGGGUCAGAGAGAAUCAGGAGCUAUGUCGGCGUUGCCAUGAUGGGGUGGACGUGGAUGAUGUCUUUGAGCCUGUUGAUGGCCUGUCGUGGCAAAUGACGGAGUGCACUGCGGCUGACAUGGCAAUCGAGGAUACAAUCUAUGCUCUGGACAAGGCUGUUCAGGAAGGGACAAUUGCUUUCGAUUCAUAUCUGAGGACUGUGAGGACAUUGUCAAGAGAGCAGUUUUUUCACCGAGCAACAGCAGCUAAGGGUCGUGCUACUCUGGUUCAUGCCCAAGUUACAAGUAUGGCUGCAAGGGUGCAACAAUACGUUUCCCACUGAAGUUUUCAGGGCGUGCCAAGAAGGCUGAGCAGUUGGCUCGGUUCGAUUGGUUUGUAUGAGUGGAGCGGGCCAGGCGAGUUGAGAGGUCCGUGUGAGUUGAGCAGUUUCUAUCCAAGGUUGGUUGUGUCGGGGCAUAGUCAAGCCAAGGGGGCCAGGAGUAACGCCAAUUGAGUAGCCAAAUUUUUUGUUUACGUCAGUUACUAUCAACGAUCCCGUCUAUUUUGGCGGCCAGCCCAAUCGAGAUGAGUUGGUCAGGCUAAAUGACUCAGCCCAUGUAGAUGGGCUAGCCCUAUUAGUUAGUUAAAUUGAGUAAGUUUUAUUGGACCUUCACAAGGGAAAACAAUAUUUUCAU